AUGACAGGUCCAAAUUGCAUGGAUGAAAAUGACUGUGGAAACUUCUUUGAUCAAAUUGAUGACUUGAUUGAGUUCCCCCCAGACAAUGAGUAUGGUGAUGAUAGCCUGGUUGAAUCAGGCGAUUGCAAGGAUUCUGCGAGCAUUUGGAAUGAUCCCUUGCCUGAUUCCGACCCUCCUUUCUUCAAUAGCAAAUGCAAUUCUGUGUCUGAUCUAUCUGCCGAGCUCUCUGUUCCGUACGAGGAUAUCAUACAACUGGAAUGGCUUUCUACAUUUGUGGAGGAUUCGUUCUCUGGCGCGGGGAUGACUCUAGGAAAGGAGAACCUUCAUGUUGACAAGGAGCCAUCCCACCAGCAUUUCCAGACCUCCAGUCCUGUUUCGGUGCUUGAGAGCCUCAGCACCAGCAGUAGCAGUUCCUGCUCAGUUGGGAAGAUUAUGCCUCUUGGCCAAAGUCACCUUGGUCCACAUAGUGCCCCGAGCAAACGUCCACGCCCUCCAACUUUCAAUCCCCAAGCAGAGAUUCAACUUAUUUCCCCUUCAAACUCCUUUAUAGAGACCCCGCAGCUGUUUGCCACUCCUGUCGUUUCCUCAGAUUCUGAAAAUUUUGCAGAAUCUCAACCUAUGGAAAAGGUUAUGAAACCGAUUCGAGCAGAACAAAAGAAGAAAAAGAAAAUUAAAUCAUUUGUGCCCGUUGGUCCGUUGGAAGUGAAUCGGAACCCUCCAGCACAAGCAGUUAGGAAAUGCAUGCAUUGCGAGAUUACAAAGACUCCACAGUGGAGGGCUGGCCCGAUGGGUCCAAAAUCUCUAUGCAAUGCUUGUGGUGUUCGCUACAAGGUGCUUAGUUCACCAUUGCGCAGUGACGAACUAAGUGUUGCUACUAAGAUCAGCGGCACUCAAGGUGCUGCAACUCGGAUAAGUCACGCUCUGAGCGUCACUGUAGUCGGAGCAUCGACGAUCUGA